UUAGGUUCCAAAGGAAGUCACAAAGCAUUUCAACUAUUUCUAGGAAGCGGUCCUUGCUGCUAUGAAGCCAACACUUCUCUUUCUGCUCCUCAUCCUGGCAUGUAGCUGCAACUCUGGUAAGCAUCCGUAAUGCCAUGCACGACUCUCCGCUUGAAAACACUGUAGAGCAGGGUUUCUCAAGCCUUCUAUCCCUCAAGUCCCACCUGACAUGGCUGAAAAUUACUGUCACAAAGUGGUGGUGCAGGGACAGAACCAGUCGCAAAACGAUGGCAGGGAGAUGCAGAGCUUAGCAUAACUGGCUGGCAAUCAUGGAUGCCAUUCUCUACUGAUAUCUAAUUGAUCUUUGGACAUUGCUACAUUUGCAUUACACGCUGAAGGUCUCAGUUUCAGACUCCAGCACCUCUAGGCAGGGCCAGCAAAGACUCCUUGCCUGAAAUCCUGCAGGACCACAGCCAGUCAGUGUAGACUGUGUAAGUUGGUUAGUGGCUUGAUUUGGUGUAACACAGCUGCUUGUGUUCCUACUGAGAUAUUGCAACUCAGCCCCUGCAUUUUAGGCAGAAUUUGCUUAUUAGGAAGCUAUAAGCAGAAAAGGUUUUUUCUUUUAUAUUUUUCCUCUUCUCAUUCCCCGUCCCUGAUAAUAUUCUACAGCCUUUUAAAUGUGUUUGUGAGAGGUUUUGUUGUUUCUGUGUUAACUAUUUAUUUGUGCUUUUAUCUAGUGUUUUUAUCUUGUGAACUGCCCUGAGAUCUUUUGAAGGACGGUAUAUAAAUCUAACAAGGAAUAAAUAAAAAUAAUCAAGCCAUACACUCUUCCCAGUUACUACUGUCGUUAUACAUUUAAAACUCCAAAAAUCUGAAAUAAAAUGUAUGUGAAAAUUUAUUUCUUAAAUCGCCAGCUCUUUAGUGUUUUUGUUUUGUUUGUUUCUUUUGCUUUAAUGCAGCUUUCUCCAUCUGUGAGCCUGUCAAGUCUUUCGUAAAAACGGUGCUUUUUAAAUCAGAUGAUGAAGUUGAGAAAGAAGUUUCUAAGCACACAGAGGACAGUGAUGCCAAGAAUGCUGUAUUUAAAUUAAAAGAAUGUGUCAACGAAUUAAGCCUUUUGCAAAAAGCAACUCUGCUUCCUGUGGUGGUAAUUAUAUUUUGCUACAACUAUCUAGAAAAUUAAGCUAAGUCAUUUGUGGGGAGUGGGGGAGAAGGAGAAAUAGUUUUGUUCCCACUCUCUACCAUGGGAAGCUGAGGUGGGGAGGGAGGCAGACGGACAGAUGGAGGAGGAGGAGGAGGAGGAGGAGGAAGGGAGGCACAGCAGACACACCCUAACCUCGAUGUUCAUGGAGGAAGUCAGUGGGGAGGGUGAAAGGCAACAAAAAGCAAACCUUUUGAGUUCUUGGUUCAUUUUUUCUCCUGGCUUCAGAGGUGCUGAUGCACCUCCUUGCCAAAGGUGGAAGGGAUUUGGUGGUGGGGAUGGGGAGUCACCGAUAUAGCUCCUUGCCAGGGGUGCAUGGGAGCCUAGGUACGCCUUUGCACGCAUGCAUGCAAUCCUUUAACUUUUAAAAUCACAUUUCUACCUUCAUAUUUCAGGUGGUGGACUACUUGUACAGCAUAACUGUGUAUCUAUGAGAUAACUGGCUAAGCCAGAGGUUCCACUGUUGAAUUAAUUCAACUAAAUAGUUUUCACUGGAUUUCAAUAAUAAUAGUAGUAAUAACAACAACAACAACAACAAUAUUUUUAAUUUAUAUGCUACUCAUCUGGGUGUGUUUCCCCAGCCACUCCGGAUGGCUUACAACAUAUAAAUACAACAAAAUAUCAAACAUUAAAAAAAUAACUAAACAUUUAACCAACACCAACCCAACAAAAAUGAAGCAGAGCAACCAAAAUUAGAACCAUUUUAAACAUUUUAGCCAGUUGCCCCAACCCAAGAGUUGUUCCAGCAGUGUCCCAGGGUGUUCAGGGUGAGUGUGGGCCCCACCCCCUAGGCCAGGUGGAAAUGGGCCUAUCAGCAGGGAGCGGUCUAUUUUGAAUAAUUGUGCAAUUAAUUGCCACUGUUUUGAAUUUUAUUGCAUUCUUAUCUUCCUUAGUGGGUUGUGCAAACCACUAUUCUGAAUGAUGCUUUUUAUAGGGUAGGGGAUGCUGGGAAUGAGUUCAUGGGACCGGGGGGGGGGGUGUGCGACCCAAAAGUUUGAUAACCACUGAGCUAAACAAAGAUACCAAUAUUGAAUUAGUUAUGACUGAAGGUCCUACCUUCGUCUAAUUCAGUGGACAAAGUGGUGCUCAUGAGGUGUAACUAGGGUGGCCAGCAGGUCAAAAACAGGAUAGUGGCUCCUGCUCCUGUAAUAAUUGUUUAGAUGAAGGAAUUCCAGCAGUUGUCACUUGCUACACCUGCAGAAAUUCUACUACACAACUGUUAAAGGUACAGGAGUCCCGUCCUCUUUCCCAACUGACCAGCCUAUUGACUCCCUUGUUUGGUAUAACGCCAGUGAAUACCCAUGAGUCUUUGGGUCAUAUCUAAGCUGCUCUUCAGCCCGUCCAGAAGACUUCCACUUGUUCAACAAAACUUCCCCUUCCCUCCUGUCCCCUGUAGUCCACCACGCAUGUGCCUUCAAAAUCUUCUCCAGAGGAUUGGAGGAUCCUUCAGAAGAGAUUUUGAGAGUGGGCUGGGAGGGGGAGGGGAAGCCCUGCUGCACAAACAGAAUUCCAUUGAAAAGUAACAGGUGGAUAUCAGUGUGAGUAGUAUUCUGGUUUCUAGUAUAUAAAGAAGAGGCACGGUGCUCCUAUACCACUCAGAUCAAGGCUAGCACCAGUAUAGUAAGGAUGUAAAAACUUUUAUAAAAACUUAAUCAUCUUUCCAGACAAUAUAUAGCCCAUAUUGUUAGGUUGGGAUGACACUGGCACUUUAUGCUGACCUUUCAUCUGUUCUUUCAAUUUCAGAGGAAGGUGAUGAAGAAUUGCGAUUCAAUCCAGUAGCUUCAGUUUUCAAAAGAAAUCUACAGCAACGCUACAGGUCAACAGCCAGACAAAGCCAAUUGCAAGUUGUAUCCCUUCCUUCUCGCUGAUCAAGAAGCCCCAUCUUUCCUUUAGAGUGCAUCCAUCAUGAUCUACAAAACUUGAAGAAACCUCCUAUAAUAUUUCUAAAUC